UCGGUUAUCUUCAUCUUGCCGAGGCUAUGAAUCGAAUCUAUUCGGAAAACUUCGACUCUGGCAUAACCAUAAUCGGAGACAUUCGGCUAUCUCCGGGUCUGGAGUGGAGGAGCUAGGGCACUUGGGUGUUUGGGCCUGGUUCAAGACCGGAAGUGCGUGGGUUGCCAGGCUGGCUUUGCUUAGGGUUUUCAGGAAACAUGGAAGCUGCUACCCUAGCCGGAGUUGAAAGACUCUUAUGAUCUCUGGACAUCUUCUGAGAGGAAAGGGGAGGAUGUCACUGGAAUCAUCUUCCUCUUCACUAUCACCAUCCUUCCCUUCUCCAUUACCCUCAGUACCAGAUAGUAUUAGCAAUUCUUCCCCUCCUCCCAUGUCUUACAUCACUUCCCAGGAAAUGAAAUGUAUUCUUCACUGGUUUGCCAGUUGGUCAGCUCCCCAGCGUGAAUGUUUUCUACAGGACCUGGUAGCUAAAGCAGUGCCAGGAAAACUACAGCCCCUGGUGGAUGGUCUAGAGCAGCUUAGUGUGUCUGGGCCAAAUCGACCACCUUGCAUAUUUGAGUGCCAGCUCCGUCUUUGGGAUCAGUGGUUUCGAGGUUGGGCUGAACAAGAGCACAAUGAAUUUGUCAGGCAGCUGGAGGUCAGUGAGCCAGACUUCGUGGCAAAGUUUUACCAAGCAGUGGCUGCUACAGCUGGAAAGGAUUGAUCAAGAAAGUAACCACAGCUAAUUGAACCAAGGACAUGACUGCAGUGAGAACUCAAUGGAGAUGUGUUGCUUAAAGAUUUAGGGGGUGGCAUGAUCUGACUGAACUUGCUGAUGAACACAGGCAUCGUUUUUUCAGCAUAACAAUGGUAUAUCAGGUGGACUCCUUGUGUCAACAUAAUCCAUGUAAGCAAAUCCUGAUUGUGUCAGGCACCUU